GGGAGCCGGGGAGCGCGCAGGAGAGGCGGCGGCGGUCGGGCUUCCCCGGGCUUCCCCUCGCCCCGGCGCGAGCGCAAGGCGCGGCCGGCCCAGGGCGCGGAGGCGGUGCCGGCGCGGGGGACCCGGGAGUCCCCGAGGCGUCCUCCCGCUCGGCGCAGGGGCCGCGGGGCGGGGAGCGUCGGGGGCGGUCGGCGCGGUGUCCCCGAACCCCGGAGCCUCGGGCGGGAGAUUUGGGCUGAGCCCUCCCGGCCGCCCGCCCGCCCCUCCCGGCUCCCGCCUCCCGCCCCCGCCCGCGGCCUGGAGCGCGCCUCCCUCGCCGCCCCGGGUCUGGCGAGCCGGCACCGGCCGAGCUGCGGGAGCCACCGAGAGCAUCAGCCGCCGCCGCCGCCGCGGGAGCCGUUCCGGCCGCACCAUGCGAGAACUGGCCAUCGAGAUCGGGGUCCGAGCCCUGCUUUUCGGGGUCUUCGUUUUUACAGAAUUUUUGGAUCCCUUCCAGAGAGUCAUCCAGCCAGAAGAGAUCUGGCUCUAUAAGAAUCCUCUGGUGCAGUCAGACAACAUCCCCACCCGCCUCAUGUUUGCAAUUUCUUUCCUCACACCUCUGGCUGUUAUUUGUGUGGUGAAAAUUAUCCGGCGGACAGACAAGACUGAAAUUAAGGAAGCCUUCCUAGCUGUGUCCUUGGCUCUUGCUUUGAAUGGAGUCUGCACAAACACUAUUAAAUUGAUAGUGGGAAGACCUCGCCCCGAUUUCUUUUACCGCUGCUUUCCAGAUGGAGUGAUGAACUCGGAAAUGCACUGCACCGGUGACCCCGAUCUGGUGUCCGAGGGCCGCAAAAGCUUCCCCAGCAUCCAUUCCUCCUUUGCCUUUUCAGGCCUUGGCUUCACAACGUUCUACUUGGCUGGCAAGCUGCACUGCUUCACGGAGAGUGGGCGGGGGAAGAGCUGGCGGCUCUGUGCUGCCAUCCUGCCCCUGUACUGCGCCAUGAUGAUCGCCCUGUCCCGCAUGUGUGACUACAAGCAUCACUGGCAAGAUUCAUUUGUUGGCGGAGUCAUUGGCCUCAUUUUUGCCUACAUUUGCUACAGACAGCAUUACCCACCUCUGGCCAACACAGCCUGUCACAAACCCUAUGUCAGUCUCCGAGUCCCGCCCUCGCUGAAGAAAGAUGAGAGGCCCACGGCCGACAGUGCGCCCAGCCUGCCCCUGGAGGGGAUCACCGAGGGCCCCGUAUGACCCAGACCUCGGGGGAUGGACUCUGAGCUCAGACCACGCUCUUCCACCCUGACCUCAUCACACAGUAGAAGAGUUUUCUGUAAUAUGUUUCUCAUCCGUUGUUUCUCCAAGUUCUCCUUCUGCUCCCAUUUUGCCGAUGGUGAUCCUGCUACAUUCCAUGUCUACUUUCAACUCUCCUGAACUGGUCAAGAGAAGGGCCCAGGAACAUUUUGUGAGAGACACGUGGAAGGAGGCUGCCAGGGUGGGUGGGUGCAGCCUUGUUGAUUCCUCCUUCCGAAAUGUUUGCUGUCAUGGCCACCGUCCUAUGUUUUCAUGGUUGUAAAACAUAAUAAAACAUCCCACCUGGAAGA